AUGUCGACGACCAAUGGAGCGACCAACGGCAAACCAGCGGCGCCGGGGCUAUGGGUUACUGGAAUUGCUUCACAAUUCCCUCCCUACUCGCUUGAUCCGGAGCGCCUCGAAAAGUUUGCCUCCCGAUUUUAUGAUGUGAAAACCCCAGGACUCAAAAACCUUCUCGAGGUUAGUAGGAAAACAACCAUUGAGAAGCGGCCAUCAGCCAUUUCAUACGACAAUGGCUUCGGAUGUCAGGCCGAACUGCCGGAUAUGACCGCCAUAGACGCCUUCUUUCGCCAAGCGGGCGUGGAUCUCGCCGUCCGCGCUUGCAGAAAGGCGAUGCGGGAGAGCGGCUGCACCGCAGCCGACAUUACUCACACUGUUGCAGUGACGGCUACCAACCACGGGUGCCCGGGGUAUGACGUGCUUGUCGCAAGCAAGCUCGGCCUGUCGCCGACGGUCGACAGCACGCUCCUACAGGGCGUGGGCUGCUCCGGCGGGCUGUCACUCAUGCGCGCGGCAGCCAAUGCCGCCGGCGCCGCGACGAUGAGGGGCCAGCCCGCGCGGGUCCUGGCAUACACAUGCGAGAUCUGCACGGCGAUGCUCCGCUACGACCUCGCCGCAGCAGAGGGCAGCACAGAUAUGUCGGCCUUGAGUCCGGCUGCGACCAUGCUCUCGGACGGUGCCGGCGCUUUUGUGCUAUGUAAUGACCAGAGGCUAUGUCCCAUCGGCUUGGACGGUGGGGAGGUUCGGGGCCGGGGCAAGGGAUGCUUUCAGCUCCUCAACUGGAAGAAUAUGGUUGUUCCCAAUACGCAUGCGGAUGUGGGCUUCUUUGCGGAUCCUAAUGGCAUGACAAUCCUGGGAAGGGGUGUCGUGGCUAACCAUAUUAAGAAAGCAAUUCAAGCCUUGCUACCAGACAUGCUGGCGUCUUACCGCGAAUUUGUGGAAGAUUCGAGCUUGGGCCCCUCCGAUUUCGACUGGGCAUUGCAUCCCGGAUCACCUGUCAUAGUCGACGGCAUCAAAGAGAUGCUUGGGCUGGAGGACCACCACGUCCGAGUGACAAAUGAAGUUUACAGAACCAAGGGCAACUCUGGUUCCGCCUCGGUCCUUGCUGUGCUAAGCCAGCUAUUUCCAGCGGGAUCGGGAAGAGACCACAUCAUUUCGGCUGCAUAUGGACCGGGAAUUAAUGUGGAGAUGGUUGUUCUGAGAAGAUGCUCUUUGGGAAACGAUCAAAGUGACUAG